UCAACCAAGACCAAUCGAAACUAGGUGUUGAUAAGAAAUGGAGGGGAAAUUUGCUUGUGGUCCUGCGUGCGUGGUCAUAAGCUUCGUUUUGAAAAAAGGAAAACACAGUAAAUUUGCGGACUGUGUGUAUGACUAACUGAAAAAAAAAAUAUAAAAAGAACUCACACAAUUUCUAAAUUGUCUCUACAAAAUAAAUCUGUAUCUCUGAAUAAUGUCACAAUGUGACUGAACUUUAUACCAACUAAAUCUGAACUAGGCUAACUUGAAUGUGGAUUGGAGAGGUAACGUGUUUGAGGUGCUGUAUGCGUUCUUAUCGAUACGAAAACACAAAUACUUAGCGAACAGUGCGUUAUUACCAGCUGUUGGAGCCACAAAGUUGAUGGGUUUUUCCAUUUCAAAUGAAACACAAGCAUAUUUCCCCUCGAAUCCUUAGUAGUUUAAAUUCAGACGGUAUGAAAAUUAGGCGUAUUUCCAAAUUGUCACGUUCUUAAAACAUCAUAAAAAAGCAGCUGCAAUUGUUAUUUUUGUUUUUGAGCUGUUAAUUUGAGUUAAAAGUGCGGUUUAAGAUUCAUAAAUAGUGUAUGUGCAAGGAUAGAAAAGUACCAAAGCUCAAGUCCGAUUUGUGGAAAAUCAAUACUUUCUGUCUAAAAACAACAUAUAAGAGAAAAUAUUUUCAUUUGGAGUUAGCACCGCAAGAGGGUGGAAUCAAGAAAAGUUGAAAUUCACAAUGCCAAUCACGUGUCAAAUAAAUUUUGAGAACAAUCCACAGAAGAUUGUUUACUCUGGUCGAAAAUUACACAUAACAGUGCGAUUAAAAUUGACAGAGGUGUUAAAAGUUCGUUGUAUUUACAUUCGUUUGCGUGGAAUGGCGCAUGUACGAUUUGUUGUAGACGAUUGCAUGUGCGUUUCAUCAUAUGGUAAAUCCGGACACUAUGAAGCCGAUGAGAGUGUCUUAGAUAUGAGAAAAUGCUUAGUAGGCAGAAACGGCAAAAAUCAAGUAUUACCGGUGGGUACACAUGAUUUCAGUUUCGCAUAUACCUUACCCAGUGAUUUACCAUCAACGUUUUCAAGCGAUCAUGGUGAUAUAAGUUACACUGCGAAUGUUGUUGUUCACAAACCCAUAUGGCUUAAAUUGAAAUCGGAAAAGAUAUGUGAAGAGAAAUUUACCGUUUUCAAAACACUUAAUUUGAAUGAUUAUCCGGCAUUACGAGCGCCAUUGUCAUAUCCUGAAACAAAUACAAAUUGGUUGUCCCCUCAUAUUCCAAUGGGAAAAAGGGCUAUAUCAGUUGAUUUGUCAGCCGGCGGAUAUGUUCAGGGUCAAAGUAUUCAUAUUCAGGUUUCAAUCAACAACGAAUCUCCCUCUCCAUUACUGCAUUUCGUCGUUUCUCUUAUAAGAAAAACCAUCUACAAAAACUCUGCGUACAGUGUUCAUCAUAAAAUCAAGUAUGAAACUGUACUAAAACAGAGUUUUCCCAAUUGGAAAUGUGAAAGUCAGACGAAUGAGGUGUUUCCUGUUGAAAGUAUCGAAGUACCAGCGUUGAUUCCACCAACAGAUACUGAAACGUGUAAAGUCAUCAAAAUUAGUUACUUUAUUGCCAUAAAAGGCUUUAGAGACUCCGGAGAUCUCAACCAGAGAGAGGCUGAUAUUUCACUUGAUUUACCGAUUACGAUAGGAACUAUACCAUUUGGCUACGGCAUAUCACCCAUGAUCGUCCUCCCUCAGACAAGUACCAAUCCCAGUGCUCCAUCUAUUGCUCUCACGCAUGAUAUUUCACCAUCGGAACCUGUGCAAAUGGAACCAUCAUCUCCAGCAUUUCCAUAUGAUGAUAUCGUAUCGAUUCGAACAUACACCAGCACACCACCUCCAUUCCCUGACGAUGAUUUUGAUCUUCCAACCUACGAAGAUGCUUUACUAAUGGAUGAAGAAAUCGACAUCAAUCUACAUAGUAUUGAAGACUCACUUGCCAAAUUACAAGUCGAAUUGAAAAAUUGAACAAUUGAACGUGCGUGAUAAGGAUACGGUGAGAGCGAAUGUUGUGGCCCAGCUAAAGAACCUUAACCAUUCAAAAAGUUCUUCUACACUAUUUUGUACACACCGUCUCCACUUGCAUUUAGUUCUCAUUACAUUAGAUACACGUUGACCGUUGAAAUCCAAUGGAAGUGGAGAAUAGUUGAAAGCUGCCGCUUAUUCCUUAUUCGUGUCUCUAGAAGGAUCUGCAUUUUGGAAUUUGGAAUUUGGGUAAAUAAACUCAUUACAAAUCCAAGAUUUAAAAAAAAAGAUUACUUAUUUUUCAGUGAUACACUCGAUUUUAUGUAAUUUUGGUGUAAUAAAUAUGUUUUUUCUACAUGUUUCAUUGUCUUCCUUUCUAUCUUGAUUGAAUGAAAUUUCUUGAACUAUUCAUAUUGAAAUCAGAAAGGAAUGUAUUUUCUUUGUUAUAUGAAAAAUAGAUUCGACCUUUAACUGAAUAAAA